AUGGAAACUUGGUUCACGAUUCUUGGUUGGACAUUAUCCGUUGUGGCGGCGGCUGGAAAUGGCUCCAUUAUUUUUCUUGUUUGCAGCGAACGACGGCUCCUCACUAAAACCAACGCCUUUAUCAUUUCUCUUGCAAUAGCGGAUCUCGGUGUAGGGGUUAGCGUUUUCCCUUCAGAGUUUUCCUGCGAAAUCGUUAAAAAUAGCCACAUUUCGUCUUCAAGAUGUUGGAAUAUCGAUCGAAUACGAUGGCUGUUCGGUUACGCAAGCUUGUGCAGUUUAGUUCUGGAUCGUUACGUGGCGAUUGUUACGCCUUUAAAGUAUCUAAAUUUUAUGAGCCGAGGUCGUGUUAUCCAAAUGAUUUUUGUUUCCUGGGCAAUCCCUGUGGGAUUUGUCAUAACUUCAUUUUUCUUACUCCAGCGGAAUUUUGUUAUCAUAUUUGCCAUGUUUUGGGAGAUUUUUUCAUGCUUCUUUCUGAUAUUCUGCUUUUCUUCCAUGGUAAGUGUUGUAUAUAAAAAUGAUCGAUCUUCAGCCACCUUAGCAAAGCAGCUGCGGUUCAACAACAGAGAUUUGACAGUCAGAAGUCAGGACAGAUCAGCAGUAACAAUGAUGGCGAUUGUAAUAGUCGUGUUUCUCGUCUGCUAUGGAAUAUAUUUGCGCUGCUGUUUAGUAUCACUUCUUUAUCAUACCCGUCAGUGUAAUGAUGAAGUCUAUAAAAUACCCAUGUUAGUCCUGAAUUCUGCCAUCAACCCUUGGGUCUAUGCAUUCUUCAAGAGGGACAUAAAGAAGGAAAUGAUUAAGAAAUUGAUUUGCAGAAAAACCUACAGGGAGAAACUACAGAAUCAAUAACUUUUAUUUGAAAAAGAAAGAUUUUUGUUAAUGCUUUGCUUUUAUAGUAAAUGUUGUUUAAGUUUAACUGAAAUCAAAAAAUGUUAAAUCCUCCAUUAAAAAUCCUCAUAAGCCCGUAGGCCCAGUUUUGACAGUUUUGUAUCAUCAUAAUAAUAAUAAUAAUGAUAAUAAUAAUUUUAUCACUUAUAACGUAAAAAACGCGCAAAUUUGCACUCUUGAUGCAUAUUAUCGAAUGCGCGUAAAGGAGAAGAUGAACUCUAGAGUUAACGCCUCCCAGCCUAUAUUAAAUGAGUCGAAAAUUCUUUCUAUCGUUAUAUUUCAUUAAAAAUAAUACCUUCCCUCAUCGUGAUUUUAACAGAUUGAUCCCAUACUGCCAGGCAGCUCAGAUACUGUUUUUGGCAGAUAAGACAUACUUAUUAAGCGGACUUUGAAAACUAAAUUACAGGAACAAAUGUGACGUGUUAAGGAUACAGAGAAACAUGUCUAUGGUCUUGACUUCAAGUAAAGCACAAACUCAAGAAACCUUUGUUUGCUCUAUAAAUUAAAAGUACAUCGUAAUCAACGUUUGCGACAACUGAUAAGCCUGAGAAAACAGACAUUUGCCACGCCACCACCGGUUUGCCCGCGAAUAACGAGCGUAGAAAUUCCGUGCUGAUGACGUAUCACAACCCAGAUCUGGAUAGUGCUUCUGACCGGUUGAAGCAAAAUUUCCCUCGCGAAGCGCUACCCAGAUCUGGGUGGUGACACGUCCUCAGUAUGGAAUUGCUGCAGCUGUUCCUCAGACGUCAUUAGUGAGCUUACGCAACCGGGCGGGAAAGGAAAAAAAGGACGACAGCAAAUUGUGUGACAAGCGUGACAAUAAUCUUGUUUCAAAAAACCUUCCGCCAAAUUUCACAUUCCUUCAAACAGAUCUUUUUGUAGAAGAGCAAAAAACAUCAAUGUUAAGUGAGUUCCGAAACACGCAUGUAAUAGCCCCGUCACGUUUGUCAUAUUAAGCGUUUUGCUGUCCUCUUCUUCCUGCCGUCCUGAUCCGUAAAGUUAAAACUUACUAUUUUACGGCGAAAAACAGUGGUGGCUAGUUGUCGCGAACAUCCAAAAUAGCGCGUGACUUUGCUAUGCAUUGUACUUGUCCAUCUCAGUUUACGGUUCAGUCAGAUGGACGGAAUACAAGGCAAGACCUUUGAAAGACGGUCUGCCUCUCCUGUUAGGUUCUCGACUCAUUGUUAUCCGGGUUACUUCCAAAAUUGUCCGUUGUCCUUAUUAACUGGCCAAAUUAAGAGAAAUAGUCUGAAAUAUUUCUCGGGAAAAUGUCCGUACGUUUGGUUAGGUUCUCAUUGGUACGACGCUUCUAUAGAUUACAGUGCAUAGAUCGACAGGCAGAAAAACUUUGUAUGACGUACUGUUUCAUGGGGGUUACAUAAAUUGUCCUAUAUUAAAAAAAUAGUAAAUUAAAAAAAAGCCUGACGUGAGCUUUUUGUCGGAACACUUAAAGGGACUGGUUCACGAUAAUGCGCAUGCGCGCCGUUUGUCUCUUCAGAAUAAAUUUGUUGGGUCAACACUAAAUUCGAAAUCGCCAUUACCGGUACAAUCAUUGAAAAUCCUUCGUUUUAUUCGGACAUCCGUCGCUUUGGCUGGUCUAGUUAUACUUCGGUAGUGGUGAUUAACGUGUGGUUGUGUCGUUUGACUGGUUACGUUUUAAGAAGACGCAAAAAAUAAUGUUUUGAUCAUGGAGGUUGAGAAGAGCAUCGUGGCCGUCCAGCAACAGGACGUUCUCAAGAGUCUCUGGAGAUAGAGAAGCUUAGCCUAUCGAUCUGGUAUGGUUCUAGGAGUAGUGUGUGGCAUACAAAAAGAAUACACGACACUUGGAAAGUGGUUAAAGGCAUGAGUUCGUUCAACUUUGAUUUGAUUUUUGACUCCAACCUGUAGUUAUACCGCAACAGGCCGCGCGAUCUUCACCGAUCUGGUACACUUGAAAUGUUCCUUGUAUCUUUGCUUUACGAUCGUAUAUGUUUAAGAAUUGAUGUUUUUAAAAUAAAUUAUUGCCUGAAUAUGCUGUUCAUAAUCUAGUUUCUUUAUGUGUGCUACUCGAUAACAUUUGUUUUGCGGAACACUGACCCGAUGCAACGCGAAUGAAUUUGUUCAUUUGCUGAUAAGCAAUUGAAAUUUAUGCUCAAUUAAGGAUAAUCUUUAUACUCAUACGUUGUGUGUGUUUGUCACCGGUCCGGCGCUAUUUGUAGGUAUUUCUUGGUUUAUAUAAGGCGAACUGAGAGAACAGUAAUAAGAUGUUUGUUUACAAAUUUUGUUUGCCGAUCGGUGACUGUUUUGUUAGCGUGGGUACGACCUCGUAAAAAUACACGUUGGUAAAUGUUUGUUUCAAAGCACGACAGUGCUGUAAAUUUUAUUCUUAUCAGCUGCAACAUAUAUCUGAGGAGUAGCAAAGAAUAAAAUUGAAUUAUGGGGAUAAAUAAAAUCAAACCAAAUGCCGGAAAUACUCGCGCGUCGCGAACAAUUAAUUUGAAUUUUGUAAAUUUACUUGCGUGCAUCUAGCUCGCUUCCGAUUGGUUGAAAAACAAUCACCUACUGUCAGAACUCACACAUGCGCAUUAUCGUGAACCAGUCCUUUAAUAUGUAAACGAGUGUCCGCUACAAGUGGAGCAAGCGGCCUCAAGUUCGCUUCUCUGAUGAAAGUCUUAAGUGUUUGAUAUUUUAAAGGAGGCUGUUUGGUUACGGUCCGACCAAAUGGAUUUUUGUUUGGCUUGCUGCGAAGCUAUUUAUAAACUGAAUUGUCUAUUACCAACUAUCGAGUCAUUUAUUUUUUCUUUUACACUCCUCAUGGUUUUAUAAUCAAUGUUUUCUGAUUUCCCUUUGCCUGUUGCAAAUAAAUUAUCUACUUCGCCUUCGCCAAAUACGUUCAAAUCUGGCUGGGAUCUUACUCUAUACAACUCGUCAAGUGUAAUCAUAUAACUUUCAUAAAGCUUUAUCGUUGGCUUUGAAUAAUGGGUUUCAACUAGUUGUCUUACAACACGAAUCUCAAGCCUGACUUGCUUAUAUUUUUAAAAGAAAUCUACGAGCCCUUCGAUCUUUUUUGUUUUUGUUUGUGUUUUUUGUUUUUCUUUUUCUUUUCUUUUUUGAAACAUGAAUAAUAAAUCAUUUAAUAGUUUUUCCGCAGUUAUUUUUUUAAUGGAUGAGUAAUUAACUAACUACGAGGCAAAGCCGGUCCUUAUCCAGAACUAAACUCGAAACCUCCCGUAGUGUGUGUUGAAAAUAGAUCGUAAAAGCGCGUCAAGAAAAGAAAAAAGUUAACAUAUUUUGCCCUGAUAGUCACAAAUAAUUCCACUAAUUAAAAGCUUUCCUACUUCAUUAAUAAUAAAAUAUACUCGGGAAAAACUUGCACAGAGAACCAAAAUUUCCAAUGAUAGCAUACCUCCUAAUAUGUCCUCCUUUUAAAAGAAGAGAAUAUCUUUGAAAUAGAUAUAGUAAUUAAUAAAUAGUCUGUUUAGAGAAAUUGCUGUCUCGCUUGUAUUUGAAUUUGUAUUUAAUUUUUACUCCAUCCUAUAGUUGUUUAGUUGUACAAUAAUAAUUAGUACAAGGUUGUUUAAACUACGUGUACAUAAGAAAAAAAAAGAAAAAAAUUAGAAUGGAGAAGGGCACGUGAUAGUAAAACUGAUUAUGGCCCUUUACCAAGAUUGACUUUUAUUAUUCUAUUAUGGCUCACAAACACACACGCAUACAUACAUACACACGCACAUAAGUCAAUAUUGAGCAAGAUAAUAUUUUUUAAGUGCGUUUUUGAACAGGAACUCUUACACGAAAAAUUAAAUUAUUUGAACACACAUAAAAGGCAACAAAUAACACUAAACUAGCCAGCUUCAAAAGACGCAGCCAUCAUCAUCGCUGACCGCUGACCGCAUUGGACUCACUUUUUGUCAAAGUGUAAUUAUUGUGUGAUAUAUAUGUACAAGUCAGUACUGCACUAAAUAAAAUCGGAGCAGGUGCGUGCAGGUGCUUUCAUUUUCUCGUUAGGAGUAUUGAUCGCAGCCAAGAUAAAGUAAUCACAGUAUGGAAACCCCUGGUUUUGGGUUAUUGGCUGAGUUCUUUCCGUUGUGACGAUAACUGGAAAUGACUUCACUCAAGAGCCAUAAUGUCUCUUGCUUCACUAUAUUGCUUGUUGGCCGCAAUCGACCCCUCUGCACCAAAACCAACGCGUUUUUAGCUUCGCUUGCUGUGGUGGAUUUUCUUGUUGGAGUGGGCAUCGUUCCCUCUUUUUUCUUCUGCGAGAUCACAAGAGGCGCGCGGGUGUAA